GUUUCAGCGUUUUAGCCGGUUCAUUUGCAAUUACUAUUGUUUAAAAUAUCAGAUGAUAUCAGAUUAUCUUGUUCCUGUUCAACUUGUAUGAGUUAAAAUACAGCCCUAAAUAUGUUGAUUAAAGUUAAGACACUCACAGGCAAAGAAAUAGAAAUUGACAUCGAACCUACGGACAAGGUGGAAAGAAUCAAAGAGAGGGUGGAAGAAAAGGAGGGGAUCCCACCACAACAGCAAAGACUAAUUUACAGUGGAAAACAAAUGAAUGAUGAGAAGACUGCUGCUGACUACAAGAUUCAGGGAGGAUCUGUUCUGCAUUUAGUUUUGGCUCUCCGAGGAGGGGGAAACCUGCACUAGCCCUGCAAUCUCCCUGUUUCUUUCCUCUAAUCUAUAAUGGUGAACUUGUAAAUAGUAGAAAUCUGUUUUAUUAUGUACAUAAACAGACUAGCCAGGUGGCUCUGGUGAUUAAAGCCACAAGUGGACUUUUGGCUUUACAUACAUCACUCUCAUGUUAUUGUGAUUCUGAA